AUGGGCAAGGACAGCUUCGCACCUGGUGACGCCAAGAAGGGCGCCAACCUCUUCAAGACCCGUUGCGCUCAGUGCCACAACCUCAAGGAGGGUGAGGGUAACAAGAUUNNGGUCCUAACCUUCACGUUCGAGUACCUCGAGAACCCCAAGAAGUACAUUCCCGGCACCAAGAUGGCCUUCGGUGGCUUGAAGAAGGCCAAGGACCGCAACGACCUGAUCUCCUUCCUCAAGGACGAAACUGCAUAG